CCCUCUUUAGUUUCAUAAAUGAUAAUGGCGGAGUCUGCUAUGGAAUCUGUGCGUGUUGUUAAAUCAGCUACAUGUGGGCGAAGUUUGGUCUUCACUUCAAAAUUUGCCGCUGGAAAAUGUCUCCUUGAAGAACUACCAUAUGCAUAUGUAUUAUGCAACAAGAAAAGGGGACUCUUCUGUGAUUUUUGUCUCAAACAAUGUUCAACUCUUCUGAGAUGUUCCAGUUGUAAAUAUGUAAGGUACUGCAGUAGACCUUGUCAGAAAGGGGACUGGAAAAGAUGUCACAAACAAGACUGCAAAACCCUGAAGAGAAUACAUCCCAGGGUUCCUCCAGACUUGGCUCAACUCCUUGCUCAAAUCAUCCGGAAGCAAAGACAAUCCCCUCCGUGCACUCAGGAUGAUGAGGAUUGCUUUCCAACCACCGUAGACCAGUUGGAAUCCCAUCAUGAGAAGCUGAGCGAUGCUAGAAAGGAUCAUUUUGAGAGCUUGUGGUUUGUGUUGCAGCAGUGCAUUGAAGAGGACGUUUUACCUCAGCCGAGCAGCUUGGUGAAGAUGUUUGGAGCAACUAUCUGCAACAGCUUCUCAAUAUGUGAUAAUGAUCUGAAUGGAAUUGCAGUUGGGAUAUACUUGAGAGCAUCUAUGUUGAACCAUUCCUGUUAUCCUAACUGUGUAGUGGUGUUUGAUGAGAGGAAACUUCAACUCAGGACCGUUAGAGAUGUCAAAGAAGGAGAUGUAUGUACAAUCAGCUAUGUGGAUGUCAUCAACCCAGCUAAAGAGAGACAGACGGAGCUGGAAGAGAGAUAUCACUUCUCCUGCAAUUGUGUCAAAUGCAUAGAUGAAAUUAAUGAAUUGGAGCCAGAUGAUGGUUUAGGUGAAGAGUUCCGAGGCCUGAAGAAAUCCUUGGAGCAAAUACAGGAUGCAGAGAAGUCACAAGAUUGGACCAAAGUGUUAGAGCUGUGUAAGCCCUACCUGAAGCCGAUGGACCCCUCUAGCAGUCUUCAAGCCGAUCAUCAUCUCCUGGUGAAGCUCAGAGAUAGAGCAUUCGACAUAUGCGUUGACACUCAAUCAUGGGAGAAAGCUGCUCAGAUGGGACAACUUAACACAGACCCCUACAGGUAUCACUAUGGACCAUACCAUCCCAGUCUUGGGAUUCACCUUCUGAAGAUGGGUAAACUAUUGCUUUACCUGGAGAGACUCCAAGAUGCUAGAGAAUAUCUCACAGAGGCAGAGAGUGUUUUGGAGGUAACGCAUGGCCCACAACAUUCCCUGAUGUUAACAUUAGUGCAAGAACUCAUCAGUAGCUGUAGGUAACCUAUGGCUAACAAUUUCCCCGAAGAUCCUUCCGUCUGUAACUGCAAAUAGCUGAUGUCCAGCAACAUACAGUAAUGCCUACAGUAGUACUCAUGGCCCACAAACAUUCAUUGAUGUUAACAUUAGUGCAAGAAUUGCUCUGUAGCUGUAGGUAACCUAUGGCUUACAAUUUCAAGAAGUCACCCCUUCUGUCUGCAAAUGCAAAUAACCGAUGUCCAGCGACAUAGGCCUACAGUAAUGCCUACAGUAGUACUCAUGGCCCACAAACAUUCAUUGAUGUUAACACUAGUGAAAGAACUCCUCAGUAGCUGUAGGUAACCUAUGGCUAACAAGUUCCCUGAAGGGCACCCCUUCUAUCUGCAAAUGCAAAUAACCGAUGUCCAGCAACAAAGGUCUACAGUAAUGCCUACAGUAGUACUCACGGCCCACAAACAUUCAUUGAUGUUAACACUAGUGCAAGAACUUCUCAGUAGCUGUAGGUAACCUAUGGCUAACAAGUUCCCUGAAGGGCACCCCUUCUGUCUUCAAAUGCAAAUAACCGAUGUCCAGCGACAUAGGCCUACAGUAAUGCCUACAGUAGUACUCAUGGCCCACAACAUUCAUUGAUGUUAACAUUAGUACAAGAACUGCUCUCUAGCUGUAGGUAACCUAUGGCUAACAAUUGUCCCGACGAGCACCUCUUCUGUCUUCAAAUGCAAAUAACCGAUGUCCAGCGACAUAGGUCUACAGUAAUGCCUACAGUAGUACUCAUGGCCCACAAACAUUCAUUGAUGUUAACAUUAGUACAAGAACUCUCUAGCUGUAGGUUACCUAUGGCUAACAAUUGUCCCGACGAGCACCUCUUCCAUCUGCAACUGCUAAUAAACGAUGUCCAGCAACAUACAGUAAUGCCUACAAUAGAACUUGUGAGAAUUUCUCUAUAGUUGUGGAUGACACUUGAAAUACUGAAAAUGGAAGGACAGAGUGAUCAAGAAUAAAAUGGAGUGGAAACAAGACGAGACGUAGCAGGAUUGAGAUGCAAGCUACAGACAAUCGGACACUCAGCUGUUUUUGCAUCUAGAAAAUGUAAUACAAGCUCUCAUCUUCAGCUUAAGUAUAAGAUAUGUACAAAGUAAAGGCUUCUUCUACCACUCUAAAGGGGCAUCACUAGACUUUUUUUUAAUUGGGGGUUGGAGGCAGUGUCAGACCACAUUUGCCUCAAGUUAGAAGGGAGGAUAAAUGUUUCCAUCUACAUGUAACCAACAGAAAGAAAACUUGGAGAGAUGAUGGGUUCUACGAAAGUAGGUCUUCAAAAGAAAAUAAAAUAAAUGUUCAUAUUCAUUUUACAGGGUUAUUUAAAUUAAUGAGGGUUGUGACUCGAGUUGGAAACUUAUUGGAAACAGGAAAUAAAAAUUGUACAGCACUCAGUUGUGAUACUCAGUGAUCAAGCUAGCACUUAAUGUCUUUUAAAGAGCAUCAUAGAGACAUUUUUGUAUUCUUGUAUAAGAUAAGAUAUGUACAAAGUAAAAGGGAUAGUUGAGUUCUGGUUUCAGACCGCAAAUGCCUUCAAAGUGCAUGGUUAUUGCACUUAUUCUUAUUUAUGACAUUUCUAGUGCCCUUUUACGACCUAAAAUUGCUAUGAAGGUAAUUUUAGACCCCAAAUUGUGUGAAAUGUAGCCAAUAUGAUCAUACCAAUUCAGUUCUACUUU